GUUCUUUACCCCUGCCUUUACCUUUAAGGUAAGCAGAAUUAUAGUAUGUAUGUUGAGAAGCUCAUAGGAAUGCUAUAGACCCUGAGAAUUGAAAUAAAACGCAAGGCCUAAACGGUUUUUGGAUACCAUGCCUACCUAUAGCCAAGUAUUCCGAAAUAUUACAAAGGACUAUACUCUUGAGGAGUAAGGGCUCCGAAACAGACCAGCGCACCCGAGCUAGUGGGCCAAGUAAGUGCCUGAGGCUUGAAUUACCUGCUUCAUCAGUGCGAUAAGGGCUGGCUACCUUAACCCUGUGGUUCCUCACACACCAGCCAACACGUCCAAAUCAAAACACAACACCAAUCUCUUAUCAAUUCCGGAUGAAAACCGGAAACCAUCUACUUAAGUACCUUAGUCCUGGUCUCGACUCAGCUUCCCUUGCAAAUCGAAAUCGAAAUGCUAAGAGAUUGUCCACUAUGACGAUAUCACUGUUGAGGGAGCCUAGGAGAUUCGCUCCUUUGGGUAGUGAUUCAGGCGGAGAUUUACCAAAGCUCAGGGGUAUUGUCUUUGAUGUUGAUGGGACGUUGUGCAUCCCACAGACCUGGAUGUUCGGGCAAAUGCGGUCUGCUCUUGGAAUUGACAAAAGCACUGACAUCCUUGACUACAUCCACUCCUUGCCUACACCAGACCAAGAACUCGCACAAGAUAAAAUCCGCGCCAUUGAGCGUUCAGCGAUGAGCUCCCAGGAACCUCAGCCAGGUCUCGUUCCCCUCAUGGAAUAUCUCGAAAGACACAACAUCCCCAAGGGCAUCUGCACUCGGAAUUUUGAUGCCCCUGUCACACAUCUGCUGGAGAAAUUUUUGACUGGAAAGGAGUUUAAGCCGAUUGUGACGAGACAAUUCAAGCCGCCAAAACCGCACCCUGCCGGUAUCUUGCACAUAGCGAAAAGUUGGGGGUUAAUAGACGAGGCUGGGGAUGUAGGAGAUGCUAGUCAUAUGAUCAUGGUUGGGGAUUCUCUAGAUGACAUGACAGCAGGCUAUCAAGCUGGAGCCGCAACAGUACUACUCGUGAAUGAAAUAAAUGCCCACCUUGCUAAUCACGAGCACACGGAUAUGGUUGUGUCUAGGCUAGACGAGCUAAUUGAGUUAUUGGAGUCGGGGUACGUAGGAAAGACCCCCGAAGAGAAGACAGCGAUACAGGGACUAGCGUAAGAGGGCUACCACAGAAUAGAAGGCUGAGGAUAUCACAACCAAGUAAUAUAUAAUAGGUGGAGAACA